CAUAGAGCAGCAAAAGAAGAGAAUUUUCAAAGGGCAGCCAAAUUACAAUUCGCACAAAUUUUACAUCAAUGUAAUUUUGCUGGAAUAUUAAUCGAGUAUUUGAAUCGAGCGAGUGCACGACACAGUGCAAACGAAAUAUAUUUCGAAAAAUGUCAACAACUCCAAAUUCGAAUAGUAGUGGUAGCAACAACAAUAGCAAUAGCAACAAUUCAGGUAAUAAGCAGCAGCAUCAGCAGCAGCAACAACAACAACAGGACACAUACAGCGACAGCAGCAGCAUUGAAGAGAAUCUUGAGGCAGCGGAGGAGCGCAGACGUCGAAUACUGAAGAAUCGCAGUCGCAGCAGCACCUACAUGCAAAGACAGCAGCAGCAACAACAACAACAGCACAGCACCAUGAAUGUGUCCAGCGGUGCCAUCUCCAAGCACGACAAAUCCAUGACACCAUCCACAAGCAGCGCUGCCGCCGCUGCAGCUGCAGUGCGUCUCGGUCCGCCAGAGCGCAUCUCGAUGCUGGUGGAUGGCGUCCGAUUCACCGUGGAGCAGACUCUACUCACAGCACAUCCAAACACCAUGCUGGGCACUAUGUUUGGCUCCGGCUUUCAGUUUGUGCAUCCCAAUGAGCGUGGCGAGUAUGAACUGGCCGAUGGCAUCUCGCAUUUGGUAUUCCGUGCUAUUCUGGAGUACUACAAAAGCGGCGUUAUUCGUUGCCCGCCCACCGUGUCGGUGCCGGAGCUGAAGGAGGCGUGUGAUUACCUGCUGAUCCCGUUCGAUGCCACCACAGUCCGUUGUCAGAAUCUAAGAGGCCUGCUCCAUGAGCUGAGCAAUGAGGGAGCACGACAACAGUUCGAGGUCUUUCUCGAGGAUCUAAUAUUGCCGCUAAUGGUUGCAUCCGCACAACGUGGCGAUCGCGAGUGUCAUGUUGUUGUGCUGCUCGACGACGACAUGGUCGACUGGGACGAAGAGUUCCCACCACAAAUGGGCGAGGAGUACUGUCAAACUGUGCAUAGCACUGCCAUGCAUCGUUUCUUUAAGUACAUCGAGAAUCGCGAUGUGGCCAAGCAGGUGAUGAAGGAUCGCGGCCUGAAGAAGAUACGCUGCGGCAUUGAGGGUUAUCCCACGCACAAGGAGAAGAUACGUCGACGUCCCGGCGGACGAGCCGAAGUCAUUUACAGCUACGUGCAGCGUCCAUUUAUACACAUGUCCUGGGAGAAGGAGGAGGCCAAGAGUCGCCAUGUGGAUUUCCAGUGUGUUAAAUCGAAAUCUGUUACGAAUCUCGCCGAGGCCAAUGCUGAUCCACCACUCGAAUUAGAUGCAAGUGGCAAUCCCAUUCCGUCACCAGCUAUAGCCGUGGUCAAUGCCCAGGCAAACAAUGCUGACAUGGCAGCUGUCGCAAUUGGCAUUGUCGGUGGAGGUGGAGGCGGAGGCGUAGGCGUAGCCGGUGACGCAGUUGCCGCUGUUGUUGCCGUGGAUGAAGCCGCCGGCGGCAAUGUCAUGAUAAACGAUCCGGAGCAAGCGGCCAUUGCUCCUGGCAUCGUUGAUGAGCAUGUGUAGAGAGAUGCCCCAAGGGCAAUUAGCACACUGCCACGUUAGCUGCACGCACCCGGAACGCUUUCUACGUUUUCAACCCAAAUUUUGUAUACGCAAUUAAAAAUAAAAUACACAAAAAUACGAACAAUU